AUGGAUUUUCCUGCGAAAAAGCUUCCAAGGUCAUACUGGGCCGAGAAGUUCUCGAUGUCAGCAGAGCAGAAAGAGCAAUCUAGACUUGAAAAGAGCGUGGGAAAGGAAAACACGGUGAAUGCUGUGAGCGUUGCUGCAAGGUCUGAUGAUGGCAGACCAACUGUAAUCCUCUGUUAUCCUCUCAUCCCGUCGAGGAGGACGAAUGUGGGAUUCGAACCCUUCCCGACAUUGUUCUGGAUGAGUCAUGAUGAGAUCCGAGCGAGUAUCACAGAUCUGGAGUACAAGGGAUUGAUCCAGAAGUUCAGAGAGCGGCUUCUCGAGGACAGAAAAGCUUUCUUGCAGAUGGAGGAAGCGCACAGGUGCGAAUUUCAAUUCCCCUUUGCGGAGAGGGGUACAUGGAUUCAGUUCGGACAUGCAGGCGGUAUGCUGCAUCGCGAUGGAACGUCCUUGUGGUUCGUGGAAGAGGAGCCCACUGAUGCGUUCUGA